AUGUCCUCAGAACAAACGCGCUCCGUUAUCCAGCAAUGGGCCAGCGCCGUCAAUACGGUCGAUGGCGCCAAACUUGCUGCACUUGCUGCCCCCGACGCGAUCCACUGGAUUGCUGGCUUGAAGGAAAAGAUCCCCUACGCAGGUAGCGUCCCGUACGCCGAGCGCUUGACCAAGAUGUCCACCAUGUUCGGACAAAUGAAGAACGUUCAGGUGACGGUUAUUGGGAUCACCGUUGAAGGCAACACUGGUGUCCUGGAGCUGGAGAUCCAUGGCGAAGGUCCUGAUGCGGGCCAGGUUUACGACAACAACGCGAUCCUCAAGUUCGUGGUGAAGGAUGGGAAGAUCCAGUCGCUCAGGGAAUAUGUCGACUUCUUCGCGCUCUUCAAAUACCUUGGUACCCAGCCGUGA